AUGAGUCGACUCGUAUUUUGUGCUUAUUUAACUUUGAUUAUCAGCAUUAUCGUUCAAGCAGCAAGUUCGAUUGAUAAAUGUCCUUCUGUGACAGAUUUCCCAUCAUCAGAUUUGAGAAGUUUCAGCGAAGAAGAUUUCGCGUGGCAGGAUCAAAAAAGUCUUGUGAUUGUGUUUGACAUGACAUCAUCGAUGCGCGUUGAUAUAGAACAAUUGAGAGCAGCUGCGAUUGAAAUCGUUAAUGAACUAUCUGAAAGGGAAGAUAAUGUCAUUGAGAAUUAUAUUCUGUCAUUAUUUGAUGAUCCUUAUAUCGCAGAACCUUUUGUGACGACAGAUCCAUCAGAACUCAUUGCGAGAUUAAAUGAAGUGAUUUUAGGCACUUAUGAGGAACAAUUAAGUGCUUCAAUUCCAUUUAUUGCUGACUUCUAUCACUUCAGAAAUCGGGACUUCUCAGAUAUAUUUCCUAUGACGUUAAUUGGCGCACUAAAGAUAGCCGAAAGAAAUCACACAACGGCAAGUGAUGACUUAACAGUUAGUUUGUAUAAGAUUGCAGCAGUAAGAUUGUAUUUAUGA